UUCUUUGCUUUUAAUCUUGCCCAGCUACCUUCUUCAGGAACUACAUGACUUAUUAAUAAAUGUAUUUAUAACACUGUAGUGUUCAUUAUAUAAGGUAAAAGUGUUUUAAGAUUUUAUAGAAUAUUGCUGCAUUAAAACCACCAUUAUGCCAAUUUCUCCCAUAGGUAUCAGCUUGCAUUCCUUUUUUCAAAUGGACUAGAAAACCAAAGAAAAUCUUGUUUUAUUGCCAUUUUCCAGAUCAGCUGCUCACACAGAGGAUAUCAGCAUUGAAAAGGAUCUACAGAACACCAAUUGAUUGGCUAGAAGAGAAAACAACCGGCAUGGCAGACUGCAUUCUUGUAAACAGUCAUUUCACAGCUAAUGUUUUCAAGCAAACAUUUGCUUCUUUAUCUCACAGAGAAAUAUAUGUUCUCUAUCCAUCACUAAAUAUCAGCAAAUUUGAAAGCAAUGUUUUUGAAGAUUUGAGCAACAUUGUUCCUAUGAAAAGAAAACAUGUUUUUCUUUCUGUAAACCGAUAUGAAAGAAAGAAAAAUCUAGAUCUUGCACUUAAAGCCUUUUGUGAUCUUCGUGAUAGACUAAAUAUGUUGGAAUGGGAAAAAGUUCAUCUCAUAAUAGCUGGAGGAUAUGAUGAAAGAGUCAAAGAGAAUGUUGAGCAUUUUCAGGAACUACAUGAUCUUACUGCUCAAUUAGGUAUAGGUGAUCAUGUAACAUUCUUAAGAUCUUUUUCUGAUGAGCAAAAACUUAACCUUCUCUAUAAUUGUAUAUGUGUACUGUACACACCAAGUAAUGAGCAUUUUGGAAUCGUUCCCAUAGAGGCUAUGUACAUGCGAAGCCCGGUAAUAGCUGUUAAUUCUGGUGGUCCAUUAGAAUCUGUUGUGAAUAAUGUUACAGGUUAUCUUUGUCAGCCUCAGCCACAUGAAUUCUGUGAUGCCAUGGAAAGAUUUGUGAAAAACCCAAGUCUUAAAAUUACAAUGGGAAAAGCAGGACAUGCAAGAGUUCUAGAAACAUUUUCUUUUGAAGCAUUUUCAAGUCAGAUUUAUCACCACAUAUGCAAGUUAACGCAAUGUAAAUAAUGUUUAUUGAAAAAAGCCAGAUAUGUAAAAUCCUGACAGGUGUAAUGACAUGUUAGCAGCUGAUGGUGCAUAGAUCAUUUUUUUUGGACAAAUACAUAGAGUAAAAUUUUUGCAAAUGUGCAUUUUCACAACACAGGUGAUAUUUGUUAAAUGUCUCUAUAUUAAAUGAGUUAAAUUUGACUUUAUUCGUGACCAUUCACCAGUAAAUUAAAUAAAUUAACCACAUUAGGUUUAAUUCAUAUUAAGAUUGUGAUUAACAAAUAUAUAUUCCUGAAGAUUUGGUCCUUCUUAUUGAUCCAGCUUCUCUUCUGUGAUCUAUGACCAUCAAGAUUAUUUACUAAAGUGCAACUUGUUGGGAAUUCAGAGUGAUUUUUUUUGCCAAAAAGGUCUAUGCGUUUAUUUGGCCUAAAAUGUAAAAUUAGUUAGAAUUUUUGAUGAUUCUAACAAUAAAUAACCUGAACUUUGUAGAUAUUUCUGGUGGAGUUGUCUAUUUAUAACUGUUGCAAGUCACCUGCAUAGCGAAGACUGUACCUGUUUCAUCUCUUUUGAUUUGUCCAUAUACCGCCCUAUUACUCCAAUGGCUGGGCAAUGUUUCUUCUUAUUAGCAUUUAUAUAGUGCCAACAAAUUCUGUAGCGCUUUACAAUAUUAUAGGAGGGGGAGAUUUAACAAUAAAUGAGACCAUUACAAAAAUUUACAGGAACAAUAAAUGGGAAAGCUUUGGAUUGGCUAGAAAUCGCCAAUUUUGAUGAUGUCACCAAGGAGGCCCCAAGCGGGGCUGGAAAUAAGGUGAGUUUUCAUCUUUUUCUAAGGGGGGACAAGCCACCUAAAUGGUGGAUUAAACAUGUUUGUGAUCCGGACCCUAUAGUGUUCCUUUAAAGAGACAAGCUAGGUUUAAAUUGACUGUUACACUACUAGCAGAAAGUUUUUCUAAAUACCUUUGUUUUCUAUUGCAAGAACAUUAAAAUAUCAAG